AUCUAUAGAAUUUUAACAGGUUGUGCCUGAUAAUUACACUUACCUGUUACAAAUGGCAUCUCCACUAGCAACUUAUAGUGUUUUCUACAGUCAUUCAAUCAGUGUUAUGCCAAAAUAAUAGUAUGGAGGGCAGUUUUCAGCAACAGCUGGGAGAUGCUAUGAAGACAUUAUAAAUCACUUGGAAAGAAACGAUCACAGUAUUUUCAUUGCUUACCUUCUUCCCUCUCUCUUAUUGAUGCAAAUACAACUUUCUGUAGAUAAAUGCUCCCUUUUCAGUUUCAUUCUACAGUGUUGUAAAAUUAUGAGAUGAAAAUCAUGCAACUUUAUUUAAACAUUAGUCUCUUCUUUUAAUUUUCACUCAUGCCUUUUUAGAUACGGUUGGUCUUUUUAUGCAGGCUGAUUGACCCGAAGAAUUUCCAGUGAUGAACUCUUUCUGUUCCUGGACAGUUUCAAUGGACUGCCAUGUGAUUUAGAAACUCUUGUAGUCUAAGAAUGAUGUCAGGGGAGGUGAUGUUUGAAAACAUGAUAAGAUUUAAGCUUAUUUUCAAUCUGGAUUUGGUUUGAGUAAAAUAAUUGGCUAACUGUGAUUUGUUUCCCCUGCCCAAGAUUGGUAAAUAAAGCAAGAGAGAAUAGAAUUAUUAGAAUAGAACGUUGCAUGCUUUUGUUUCCCCCUAGCAGAAUGGUAGCUCCCAUUCAGAACUCUGUCUUUUCACACACUGAGUUGUGUGGUGGAAGACCUGCAGAUAACGGAAAGAACUCUUCUACGUGCCACUUCACAGUAUUCAAAACAAGGAGCUUUAUUUACUUUCUGGCUCUGCUUCCUUCCCUGCUGUUCUUCUGCCUGGACAGACUACAAGAUGGACAGGGUCUUACUGGGCUGGACCACUUUCUUGUGGAUGACAGUGUGAAGAAGUGAUUAGAGGCAGGGGUCAUGCAAUGCCCAGUUGCUGACACAGGGAUAAUGAUGGCAUCCUGCUGUGACUGAAACAGUGCAUGUUAUGGUGCCUGACAAGAAACAGGUAGCAAUGCUCUUUCAACCAAUUGUGCUUCGAUGCCACUUUUCAACUUCUUCCACACAACCAGCGGUGGUGCAAUGGAAAUUCAAAUCCUAUUGCCAAGAUCGCAUGGGAGAAGCUCUGGGAGUUGUCUCUGCAGGGAUCCAAGCAAUAAACAAGAGGAACUUGGAAUGGGAUCCGUACUUGGACUGUGUGGAUAGCAGGAGAACAGUUCGCAUUGUGGCAUCCAAACAGGGCUCGGUGGUCACGAUGGGAGAGUUCUACAAAGGAAGAGAUAUCUCCAUUCUCCAUGAUGCAGACCUCCACAUUGGAAAAUUGAUGUGGGGAGACAGUGGAUUGUAUUACUGCCUUGUCAUCACACCUGAUGAUGUAGAAGGCAAGAAUGAGGAAUCAGUGGAGCUACUUGUUUUGGGCAGGACAGGGAUGCUUGCUGGUCUCUUACCCAGUUUUGCUGUGGAUAUUAUGUCAGAAUGGAUGUUUGUAGGCUUGGUGAUCCUCGGGUUUUUCCUUUUCUUUCUCCUAGUCGGCAUUUGCUGGUGCCAAUGCUGUCCUCAUAACUGCUGCUGUUACAUUCGUUGCCCUUGCUGUCCAGAUACCUGCUGUUGUCCACGAGCAUUGUAUGAAGCUGGAAAAGCUGCAAAAGCUAGAUAUCCUCCAGCAGUCACAUCAAUCCCAGGUCCAUACUGUAUCCCUACUGUUUUGGGUAGUGGCGUCCCAUCUCAUGCUGUCCUUGUCGAGAAGUCACAUCUACCUCCCUUGGCACCAAGUGAAUCUGGUGCAGGAACACAAAGUGUGCACAAGGGUUACCGAAUACAAACUGAUAAAGACAGAGAUUCUAUGAAGGUGCUAUACUAUGUUGAGAAAGAAUUGGCCCAGUUUGAUCCAGCCAGAAGGAUGCGAGAGAGAUACAGUAACACCAUCUCAGAGCUCAGUUCUUUACACGACGGGGGUCCCAACUUCCGCCAAUCUUACCGUCAAGUGUGCAGAAAAGCACUUCCUCCUUCAGGAGAUAUGGGUGGUGAUGCUGAGUACUGGACAGGGGUUGUUAGUGGAAGUGGUACAUCCAGGCCACAAACACGUUCUGAUUACAGGGAAGACAGAGGAAGCUUCAGAAUGAGCCAGCAGAGAUCAAAGUCAGAAAUGCUUUCAAGAAAGAAUUUUUCUUUCGGAGUGCCAGCUGUCUCCAUGGAUGAAUUAGCAGCCUUUGCUGAAUCUUACAGUCAACAGGUCCAUCGGGCUGAGGCGAGUCAGGAGCCACGACACUUUGAGAGAACAGGAUCAAGGGUGGGACCAAUACAACAUCUGGAGAAUUCAGAUAAUUUUUAUAGUAAAUGCAGGGGAGGAAACCGUGAACCAGUAACAGACUCAGACCGGGGUUGGAGAUACAGUCCACCUAGGAGACGUAUGCAUGAAGAGAAACACCUGCCUAGGCUAGUGUGUCGGACACCUGGAGGAAGUCAGAAGUAUGACCACUCCUACCUCACUAGCGCCCUCGAAAGGAAAUCACGAAGCUAUGAUGAGAAUGGUGAACAUAGUGAGUCGCCUUCAAAGCUCAGCUCACAAUCCAGUCAAAGGGGAGGAUCUUACUAUGCUUGGUCACCACCAUCAACUUAUAAAGCAGAACAGCAGCAGCAACAACCUCCACAACAAGAGGAAGGAGAAGAUACUCUGCCACCUUACAGCGAGAGGGAAUUGAAUCGGGGUUCUUCAUACAAAAACAGAGAACAACCUAACUUCAAUUCAUCAGAGAAGAAGAGGAAAAAAGAGCCCCCCCAAAACAAAUGAAUUCCCGACAAGGAUGUCCCUUGUGGUUUGAUGUUACUAUAGAAGAGUUGUCUUAAUGGACUGGGAAAGCAAGCAAAGUCAUGAAGUCUUAAAGAAAUAAAUGCUUUCAUAGGGUACAUUCAAAGAUUUGUAUGUUUCAUCUUGUGAACUGAGAUCUUAUAUCAUAGUCAGUGUUAGCAGCUGAUCUCAUGCAAUUGAUGGACUAACCCUUUGGAAAGGAACAGCUCACUUGACCAGGAAAUGAAACACAAAGUUUCUUUUGGCAAGUUUAUCCUCGGAUUUCUUUCUGCAAAGGUGCUGCCUUUAUAUUCUAUCUUGAGCCCUCUCUGGAACAUUUGCAGUUUUAGAGAAGCAACUUUAAUGUACAGUAGAAUUUUUGUCUUCUGAUAUGGCAGACUUUCCACAUGCACUGGAUCUUAUGUUUCACAGAAAACAUUGCCACAGGUUCAGGGAGUUUGCCCCAUUUCUCUGCUGAAUCACAUUCAGACAGAAAUAGAGACUCCAAAUAAAUACUUAGUGAUUGUUGUAAUUUAAGAAAUAUUUUUCAAGAACAUCUGGAAAAAGGAAUCUUCAUCCUUUUGGAAAUGUCCUGAAACAGAGAUGUGGAGCAUUGGACUAUGAAGGACAAAGCAACAAUGUAUGACAUCUGAAGUUCAUUAUUGUUUUUUAAUGUCCUGUUCAUUCAGUAAUGGGAGAUGCCAGUGAGAUUAAUGUUUUAUUUUGAAAGUGAAACUCAAUAUAUUUUGCUGUAAUGAAAAUGUUCCAUGUUAUUUUGCUAUUGUCUGAUAUGAUGUAUCAGCAUUGCCUUACAGAUAAAGUAUAGCCAUAAAAGGCUUCAGCUGGGGUUACUGAAUGGUCCUAUCUUAAGAUGAGCUCAAGUUGAGGUUCUGCUGACAAAACUCUUUGGACAAUUAUCAUUGUUUUAGAAAACCAAUUGGGAGGAAACACUACAACUAGAAAGAAUAAAAUGAGAUGCAAAGAAAAUGCGUACACACAUACAGGAAUACAUACAUACAGAGAGAAAGUGAAAACAAAGAAUAUAUCUAUGUAAAUCUCUUUCUCUCUCUCCAGUUUUUAUACUUAUACAUAGAUCAGUAUUACUUUGUGAUUGUUAUUACUGGUUGAGAGUAUUCAAAAAGCAAUAGAAAAAAAAUCCUAAAAAUAAAAAAAAUGUUGGAUAAACAUGA